GUGUCGGGGGAGGGGGAGGGAGGACCCGCUGACGGAGCUGCGUGCGCAGCUUCAGUCUGGAGUCGCUACGACGGACCGCAAUGAGGAGAUAAAUACAAGCCUUAUCUAUUUAUUUUACCGUUUUAACGAGUCUCAUUUAUUGCUAAAGGAGUGAAAGCGGCUGGUGAGGAGGGCUGCUAAUGCGCUAGUCUGUUUUAAAGGUGAGUAAAUGUUCGUGUUUGUGGCUGAACUGGAAUUUAAAGGGAGAAUUUCAUUAAAGGGAAGGAGAUGAAACAGGGUGAGCCAAGGCUUUUUUCCAAUGUGUACGUCACUGACACGCUCAAACAUGCAUUUAUUUCCAUAUUAUCAAAAAAUAAGGAUUAAUUAUUGUUAUUACAGUGGUUCUGUUUUUGUUUGAAACCGUUUGGAUAGCCUCUUUUUGAUAUUUCAGAGAUGAUUUGCGCAGCUAGCUUGUGUCGCGUACUGUGUGUCAGCGCGAGCUCGUUAUACUAUAAAAACGCCAGUUAAACAGGAAGUUUAGAAAUAACACGGGCUGAUUUGGCACGAGGACCCCUCUCUCUGUCGUGUAUUCACUGUCUUUAUGUCAGCGGAGCGUCACGCGCACUCUACCCUGCGUGUUAUUACCGUGCGAUGUGGAGACGUGCGCAUACACCGCGGCGGCGCACAGCCUCUCUGCUUUUCAUGGCGAACCGACGGCUGUGAAGGGACCAGACACAUCAGGGACCGGGCUCCUAGUCAGAGGAGAGAGGACUGUUACGCUGUCUGACGGAAAUUAAGAGGUCUUCAGCUGGAAGGAAAGAAAAAAAAAAGAUGAGGAAUUUAACCCUGAGAUGAACCCAGCAGGGUCACACAGGGCCGGGUACUGUGGACUGGGCUUAGCCUGCGCAUCUGCUCACAUUGGUGGCCCGUCACAUGCACAAUGACAGAACCGCAGUGAGAAAAAAUAGCUCCGUUUAGCCCAGCAGCACUCUCAUAUCUUCCUUUAUGUUUGGCAGAUUCACAAAGCAGAGUAUCACAGUAAUUUGUGAACAUUUAUAAAGUAGUUUAUGGUCGUUUAUGAAAAGGGUCGCGUUUGGAAACUGAGGACAGAUAAAUCCUGACGAAUUGUACUGACAUUUUAAACAAUACUAUAAAUACGCAUUUUCUUUGAGGGGUUUGCUGAGGAUGAAAGACACCAGUAUGACCACUAAAAAAGACAGAGGGCUUUUUCAAAGAAGUGUAGGAUCCUAAUGUGUAGUUUCCAAUUCUAGUGCACACUAACGUCAAGCUGACGCUCCGUUACAUUUGCUUCAGAUAGACAGUGCUGAGAUGUUUUAAGCUCUGAUGCUGAGGGUACUCUACCGGCAGUCCACAUGGUGAAACCAAUUUAUGAGCGCCCUAAGCAUUGUUUCCUGUGUAAUGUCUUAUAUAAAUGUGUUCAGGGGAUACUUGGAAACUAUUCGUGGACUAAUAUUCUCGGCUGUCAGAUUUAUAUUGAUUGGGUUUUACUCAUUUUGAACUCUGGAUUUAUAAAAAUCUUUUUUAGGGAGGUAAUUAUGAAAUAAUGUGCAACAUUAUUUUGCAUCUAGAGUGCCUGCACCCAGCUGUUAUUUUCAGGAGUUGCUGUGCACACUUUUCUGGUGCAAGUAAGCUAUCUAGUUUGCACAAGUAAAUGACCUUGUUUACAAGAGUUACCUAUCUCGGCACUUUUUUAACGUUAUGUCCACAUGUUAAUUAUUUGGUGUGCACAAAGUAGUUACUAUAUGUACGUUAUUACAUAAGUUUUUUUUUUCUUCUUUUUUAAUCCAAUAACUGUGAAUUAUAUUUAAACUCUGAUAUUUAAUUUGUCUUUUGGUGGUUUUAUAUUAUUCUGAAAAGGUAUACUAGGUCUUAGUUUUCAAAAAAGCCAUUAAGAGGUUUCUACUGCACCCACACACAUCCUUUUGUAUUUUUAAUUGCUUUAUAUUAUAUUAUGUUUGUGAAUAAACAAAUAAAUAUUGUGUCACAAUCUAGUGUGCACAUAUUAAUUAUACUGUGCGCAUGUUUUAGUUAUCUUGUGCACAUGUUAUUGUAUUGUUCCAUAAGAUAAUUAUCUUUUGCGCCUAUUCACCAACAAGGUCUUUAUCUUGCAUGCACAGGUAACAUUACUGUAGAAAAAAGUCCACUAUCUUUUAUGCAAAAGUUAGUCAUCUUGUGCACAUAUUUAUUUGUGGCAACAACUUAACUAUGCUGUGUGCACAAGUUAGCAAUCUUGUGCACUAUUGUGCCAACAAGUUAAUAGGAAAUAAUAUCUUUCUCACAAAUCAAUUUCAAGUUAAUCAUCUCAUGCACACAUGUUAUCAUUGUUUCGAUACAUAAUCAUAUUAUGCCUUCAAGUUUAUUAUCUUGUGCACCCAAAUGAAUGUGUUGCAUGCAUGAAGAAAAUUGAUUACAAGAGAAAAAUGAUUACGCUAUGAGACUUUAGGAGCUCUGCAGAAACCCUUUUAAAGCUACAAAUAAAGAAAGCUUUGAGACAUACCCAUUUACGUAUUUAUAUUCAGUGUUUCUAAAUCAUUAUCAGUUCUCACAUAUAAAAAGGCCAACUGAGACCCCAUUGAGCAUUGGAAUCAGACCGUAUGCAUAUUUUCUAACACCUUUAGGUUGCUAAUACAUGUGCAUGUUGUAUAAUUAGUGUUACUGUGAAAUCAUCAUGGCACUUUGGGAAAUGAAUACAUAAAGAGAUAAUAUGUUUCUGUAGCUUAAUGAAUUACUUAAGGUCAGUGCUUUAGUAUUGUUCUUUAAAAGUGUGUUCCAUUGACAGUUAUAAUGCAUCCAUGCUGUAUAACUCUGUUUUUUUUUUUUUUUUUUUGUUUUUUUUUGAUGUAAAUUAAAUUUUUGGUAUUUAAUCAUUGUAUACAUUUGUGUAUUUAAUGAUAACAAUCCUGCAUGUAGAGCUUCAUCUGAAGCAUUUCCAAACCUCAUUAAAAUAUCGAAACAACUCUCUGCAACCAGUAAAUUAUUAUGAAAUGGUUGGCAUUUCAUAUCUUCAAAUAGAAUAACCAAUCACAUAUAUUUUCAGUUUGGCUCGUCCCAAUACUUUUAUGAUAAUGAGUACAUUAUAGUUCAUAACAAGCCCUGACCUGUUUUGUAAGCUCAUAGUAUAAAUGUUAUUGAAUAAAUAUUCUCACCAUUAAAACAGGAUUUCACAACCACAAACAGGAUAAAACAUUUACAGGUUACACAAUAAUGACGAGCCAAACUGUUUGAAUUAGACUCAUGUUAAAUAAUUCAUCACAUCUGACUAUUGCUGUGGGAUUUGGGGGAUUCUCUGAAUAAAGAGAAAAUCUGCACUGAUGUGUGAGCAGCCUGCCUGGGUUUAAGGACGUGAAGCCCAUGAUGAGGCUCCAUGUGUCUCACUAAUGAGAUGUAAUUGGCUAUUGGAGCAGAGGGGUGUUGGGGGGCGAUGACCUUUAGAUCACAGCCAUGCUCCAUACAUCCUCUGCUGCUUUGUCCCCCUCCUGCUCUGAACUCUAAAUCAAAGCCAUAACCAGCAAUGAUUAUAGGAGCAGAGAGGGAGAGUCGUGCUUUUAAUGUUUUUGGACCACGCUGCAGUUUAAUGCAAUUGAAAUUAAGGCGUUGUUGUUUUCUGUCUACUAUUGACUUAGUGCAGCAUGCAUUCCACCAAUGUGGCGGGAGGGGGGGAGAAAAAGGAAAUGUGGAAAUCAUUACAGUAACGGGGACAGGGAGGGUUUUCAUUUGGCUCUCUGUUUGGUCUCUUCUUGCCUAUUUACACAAUUAACUGUUUCUGGCCAGUGAACACAAACCUCUUACAGAUGACGGCACUACAUAUGUUACUCACAUCCAUUCAUGUAAUGGCAAGACUGUUUGUGUCGCAUGUUUGUUACAUGAGCUCAUAUUUAGAGAGAGUUGCAUCACACUGGUGUUGUUUGGAACAACUCAAUAUAUUAUAGACUGUAUCAUGAGGAGGAAUCAGGAGGGUUUCACUUUGUCAAAGAGCUUAUUUAGGAAGAUUGAGAGAGCUGUUUGUUUUCACUAGUCUGAUAAAUUGAGCCAAAGGAGAUGAUGGCAGUCUGGCUUGGACUAGGGCAUGGAAAACAUAGGCCUGUUCAGACGUGGGUCUGGGCAAUUAAACCUCCUUCAUACCAGAUUAUGAUAAAGUUCAAGCUAAUAAAGAUAAUAAAUUUUUCACUUAUCUAACUCAAUAUGUCUAAAUCUAAAAGCCAGUUAAUACCCAAAUAAAUGCAGGAACAGUUUGUUAAUCUGCGCUCUUAAGUUGACUGGCUUCUUUGCCAUUCUGCAAGUCAUUUUUAGAUCUGCUUUCACUUCUUCUUUUGCCAAAGAUGUUUUUUUUAUACAUCUGUGGACUAUUAAUAAAAAAGACAAAAACAAGCUGAGUUAAAGCUUUCAGCCGGUCAGCUGGCUGUCACCAAAGUCAUAUCAUGUUAAGUCAGAAAAAUGCUGAUUUGUAGCAUGACACAGCUUUUUUCCUUUUUUUUAAUACAUUAAAAAGAACUGUACCAAUAACCUGGGUCCAAGGUUAACACUCAGGAGGAAAUUAUCACAUUACAGGGGUAGCUAAUGUGUUAGUGGCUCAGCUGGCAGUCCCUCCUGUCAUCCUAUCCAGUACAAGAGCAUGAAAGAAACAAUGACUUAAAAGCGGUCUCACUUCUUUAGUGCUAAUUCAGUUGUUGUUGUAUAAAACAUGAGCAAUGAAUACUGAGCUAAUGGAAAUGUAAAAACUAAGUUGAUAUUGUUGGGGACAGCUCAGCUUGCAGCCUCUUCUUAGCAUCUUGAAAACAGGUUUAUAACAUGACUCUGCUGUAUUGUGUGUAUAUGAACCUUUUUAUCUACUUCUUUGCCUCUGGCAUUUAUUGGAAAGAACACGUUAAGAAAGAGACCUUUGACAUUCACUAUGGCGUAGGUCUGAUGCAGAAGCAUAAAUUAGGCUUUAUGGUACAGGCACACCAAAGGCGGCUCCACACAUCCAAAACUUGCCCCCAGUCAUAUUGUAUUUUUAACAGAUGCCUCACUUUGCAGAGCAUCCUGGGACUCCUGGCAUUUGGAGUUUGGCUCGCAGUGCAACUUUUCAUCAACUUUUUUCCAUCAUAGAAAAUAGUGCAUUUAGAGCAAACGGUCUUGCACUAUGAAGUAAAAAGACCUUAUGGAUGCUUGGUUUUAUAAAAGGGAGUCCUAAAUCCAAGAUUACAGGUGAUACAGCCAAAGUGGAAGGCUGUCUCCAUAAAGCCGUAAAGCCUAGUUUAUGUGUCUGUGUUGGACCCACAGUGUACCAACACCAUAGAUGUACCACAUAUGUCUGUACUGGAGUUUUUGUGUCGCCUUGCAAGAAUCCACCAAAAUGCUCUAUGCUCAUCAUAUGACCACUUUUUGGUGUUGCUAUGUCUUUUCCUUGUUUACAUUCAGUUAUAGUGUCUAAAUAUGAGUGAAAUAUAUUUGAGUUAAAGGUGACAUGUUGUGCAGCACUUGAUCAUGCUUUAAUUAUUAUACAGAAGAAAAGAGGCAAUACAACAGUGGAGUCAGACAGGAAGAGAGAGGACAGGCGAUACUAGAAAUGUUACCAAUCACAGGGCUUGUUUCAAUGUGUAGUUACAUUUUGGGAAGGUGUAGGUCCAACACAGUAACAUAAACCAGGCUUCAGGCUCCAGAACUGCUUUUUAAAAACCAGUCUGUGAGGUCACUGAGACCACAGCCAUGUUUUGUACCGUUUAGGGGAUAACAGGCUAAUAAAACCAGACAAAUAGUCACUCUUUCCUUGGAUGUUAUCGUUGUUUGAUCGCGGCAUCAGUAUAUUUCAUGUCCAGUUAGAAAAAUCCUCACAAAGCUUUGACCAGCACCUUUAAUUAAGUUACAGCUCAAACUGGCCACAAAAUCAAGUUAUAUAUCAGGACAUGUCUGAGUAGUUCCAUGCGUAAAAACACCGGGAUCAUAUUUUCAUUUUAUUACCCAGUCUUACAGACUUCAAGCUGACUUUGUGGCACAACGAGAUGAUCUGUGAGUUCAUCGACUGCUGUGUGACUGCUCGGUGACCUUCUGUAUCUGUGAUAACACAAAGACAAAGCAGAGUCACACACUCAGAUAAUGUGAGAAGAAGAAAAAACAAAGAUGGUCACACUCUCUGUGUACUUUGGCUCUCUGCUGGUUAAACUUCCCUCUGUAGAGUUUGACAUUGUGCUCACAUGAUUCCUGUGAUGAGGAGCAGUGAGCUGUGAAGCACACUGGUGUUUGUGGGUGGACAACAUGUCACCCUGCUGCUGAUUACUGCUUAACAUCAAGUCACCUGAUCUGAAGGCCCAUUUUUUUAUCUUUACGUAAAUACGAAAACUGGAGCGUUUCAAGUUGUUUUAUUUAAACCACCGGAUUUUAAGGGUCUAUUAAACGGGGUUUAUUGGUGCACAGUUUGACUUAAACAUUAGAGACAGUCAGGGAACUAAGAAAGACUUCAUUCAUGUCAGUUGGCGAGGCUUUAUCGAGUCACGGACCCCAUGACCGUGUUAUCAAGCAGGAAAUGUCUUGCCUCAGACUUCCUGGAAUUUAAGUGAAACUGUAACAUCAAAUGGUGGAAAAAAAUGAAUAGAUGCCUACUUCCUAUUCAAGCUUUAUUUAGAACAUAGGAAUUCACUUUCUUGAUUUUUUUAUUUCAAGAAGGUGGAACAAAAGUGAAAAGAAUACAGCACCAUGAAUUGAAAAAUACAUCAGUUGCAUUCUUGUUGUGCAUGUGAAUAUGACACAGAAUUAUUCCCAGACCCUUGGACACAGUCCUCUACAACUGGCCUGUAUUCCCACACCCUGCAGGAGGAGUCUUCACUGUGAAGAGAGGGCUCGUCCUGCAGGAUAUUUAUGGUUUAUUUUUAUGGGACAGGCGCAGUAUACAUAAACAAACUGGAAACCGCUAUGCAGUGCAGAUGUCCAAAUGUUUAGAGAAAAUUCCACCUAAUUUUUCCAUGCUGGUAGCUAUUUUAUAAUUCUAAAUUAACAUUCGUCUCUCUCUUUAAUACAGAUGUUAAAAUAUCCUGAAAGGAGAAAGGGAAAGUGAGCCCGAUGAAUACAUAUUGGCUUUAAAUUUUUAUGGACUAGAAUUUAUAAAGAAGGAGUUGUCACAGGUGGUGCCUCGUAUAGAAACUAUGGUCAUUGUCACACCAGUCCAGGGCUCGGUGAUAAACCGAAAAUUUACCAAUACCAAAAUUUACGUCAGUUACCAACGUCAUUUUGUCUUUUUCAACAUAUUUGGUGUCAAAAAAUAAAUAAAAGUUGGGUUUGGACGUGUGUAGGUAGGCUAUGGUCUCAUGUCCCUUUAAGACGCUGUCCUACAUCAGAAACGUGACUCCACCCCAUCCAGUCCGUAACAAAGAGGGAAAGACAGGUGAGGAGAUGGAGGACGGUUCAAAAGUUGUAGCAGCUGGAGCAGCGCCUGAAGUAGAUGAAGUUAAUGUGGGAGGGGGUGAGCAGCUUGUGGAAAAGUUAUCAUCCAUUUAUCGUUAUCAGGGUGAACUGCUCAAUAUAUUGUGAUAUUGAUUUGAGGCCAUUUCGCCCAGCCCUACACCAGUCAUAUGAUUCUGUCCCAAUCCUGACUCGACAGGAAUAAACGCCAUCUCUCACUCUCCUUUAUAGUUCAGGCCACAAAAGUUUAAACUGUUAAUUUACACACAAUAAGGCUGUGUCGUUACAGUCUGUUUUAUGUGCACCUUUGCAGAGUAUAAGAAGGGGCUGCGAGCUGAGCUGUCACCAACAGCAUAAUCUUCGCUUUUAUGUUUCCAUACCUCAAUUCCCUCAUGGUAUAAACAAUAACUGAAAGACUCAUGAAGGUGCAUGACACCUGUGUCUGUCCUUAUGCAGAAAAUGAAAUAUCAAAAACAAGGAUGUGGGUCUUUAUCCAUAAGUUUGAGUCCUCUCAAUCUUGCAUGUCUGAAAGCAGUUAGUACUCAAGUCUGAGUCAAAGUACAAGUCAUCAGUGCACAGAUUUCCAGUCCCAUAAAUCUGGACUCCAGUGCGAUGAGUCAGCUGAAUAAUAAAAUGAAUUUAGCCACCAUGACUCUGUCUGGUGGUUUGUUAAUUCAUCUUUUGAAAGGUGUGCCAAGACUUUUAAAACAUUAGGACUUUUAAAACCUGAUGCAUGCACUACUUUAUUGUUGAUUUUUACGUGAAUGGAUCAAAAAUCUACAAACUGAACCACGCUUAAUUGAAGAGGACUUAACAUAAGCAACCAAGACAAAAAGCCAUCAUAAAAACAGUUGAUACGAUUUGGAAACAGGCUUUUUUUUUCUAAUCUGGUGUCAAACACUGAGACCUCUUUCUCUACUGAGUUGAUUCGCCCCCUGCAGGCCACUAUAAAAACUGCAGUUUAAUCCAUUUACACACUAUCACUUAGCUAAUUCCACUUCUUAUUUACAGUCUGUGAUCAGAAAUAAAUUAAUACAAUCAGGCAACUGAGGCUACAAAUAAAAAAGUUGAUAUCUUGUUCUUACUGGGUAUGUUUCAGCGGGUUUUAUGAUCCCUAAAGGUGCGUACAUGGGGUUCCCAGACCUCUCCUCAUGUGAGAAGCAGCGACAGGGUUAUCAGGCGACUGUCUGGCCUCAGAAUCCUCUGUGUAAUCCAUCAGCGCUGCGUUACAAUGUGUCAUCUAUGCUACAGAACAAUAUAAAGCCAGCCUGAGGGCAUACAGCGGUCCUCCUCUCUGCACACUGAGGCAACCAGACACCACAUGAAGGCAUUUCAGGGGAAGAAGUGUCACGCUUAUUGAGGAAAAUUGGAACUGCAUGUGUGCACUGAAGUGUUUUACUUGAGAGUUCAACCUAAGUUUGUUGGGCGUUCAGGUUGUUUGGAGGUUUCUCCAUCAGAAGAUCCGACCACAUCCCUGCUGCUCUCAUCGGCAUAAAUAAUUGACUGCUCUGACUUUGGACACAUUGUGUCUCUGGGCGCUCACAGGAUGUUUUAUCACCUCAGAUGGACGAAGGUUGACAGCCGGAGCAGGCAGGACAUGUGUUGUGUGGAGGUGUCAAGUAGAGAGGAGGAAACCCAACACACAUGCAGCUUUAAAAAAUACACACACAUCAUAACGAGCAGAGUGAUAGAUGGAUGAGAGAUGACGGAUAAGCAGGCUCAUUUAUUCCAGUCUGGCCUUUUCUAUGUAGAUGUUUGAGCUCAGGGGCUUGUUAGCUGUGCAAAUGAAAAGCCUCCGUCUCCUCUGCUGUGUGUGGCUUAUUACCUGGGGCUUAACCUUCUGAGCCAGAGACCUUAACCCACAGAGACCAGUGGAGGAGGGGAGAGGUCGCCAAAUGGGGAUUAAAUAUAAUAUAAUAUAAUAUAAACAACACAAGCAGAAACUCACAAGAGAUGUGCAUUUCACUGGAAAUAAAUAAUUGUGGUGGGAGUUUGUGUGGGUUUCAAUCAUAUCGCAUUUUAACUCUGGGUCUUUGUAAAUAUAGAGUAUGGUCUAGACCUGCUUUUUUGUGAAGUCUCUUGGGGUAACCGCUGUGAAUUGGUGCUGUAUAAAAGAUUAUUUGAUUGAUUGAUUUAAUUUACGGGAAAGUGGAAAAUCUACUCAUACACAGCAGUCCCCUUCAAAUAUAACCCUGAAGUACAGAUUAAUAACUGACUGUUGAUGUUUUUAAGAAGAGGCUCAAGACUCACCUUUCUAACCAGACUUGUCACUGAUUGCCUUUUCUUAUUUCACUUAAUGCUGCUGUUCAUUUUAACCAAAGUUCGUAAUGUUUAUUGUAUGUAUUUUUAUUAAUUGUAUUUAUCAAAUCAUUGAUUUUAUUUUGCUAUUUCAAUAUAUUAUCUUCUUGUUUUACUCUUUCUUUUUACCAUUUCGGUGUCUAGCCAUGUCUCUUUAGCAAUAUAUCGUAAAUGCUCGCUCAGUGUGCGCUUGUGUGUGUGUGUGUGUGUGUGUGUGUGUGUGUGUGUGUGUGUGUGGGGGGGGGGGGGGGGGGGUUAUUGCUGUUUUUAGCCUCUGUAAGGCACUUUGAAUUACAUUCUUGUACAAAAAGUGCCAUAGUUGAAUUUGAAUUUAAUAAAUCAAAUUAACACUUGUGAGAAAAAAAAAUGCUUAUGAUAUCUUUUGAUUUCAAGGCUCACAUUAAAGUAAAAAAAAACCUCUGAGUCUUACAAAAAUAACUUAAAGUGAAGCAGAGUAGUGAGGCACUGCAGUCAGAACGUGCUGCAGGAGUAAGUCAAGUAGAGUGGUGAGCAUAUGCCUUUUACUGCUCAGUUCAGUAACCAGGGCUUGAAACACAUAGGUUGAAAAACACUCAUUACUCACAGAGGAGGGAGAGAAAUUACAAGUUGAGAGUACAGUUGAAGAAAAAUGAGGGAGGCUCCCACUCAAAUUAGGAGGGUCAGCUUAUCUGGAAACAGCAGGCAGGAGUUUGCAUCAGAUUCUCAAUACACUGAUAGAUAUAUGAAUGUAAAUUACUUAAAAAUGUAUUGAAUUUUAAUGCAAAGACGCAGCUUUUGAUGAUGUCUCUACCAGGGAUCACUAUUUAUGGGUAGUUGAUUUAUAACGGUAAUACCAAAAUAUCUCUGUCAUAUUCUGUCUCUAAAAAGAGGAAUAAUUAGUAUCUGUUUGUUCAAACAAGACUAUACUCAUCAUGCUAUUUAAAAUGCUUCAGAGAAGAUAAGAGAAACAACUAAAGUUUCAUUAACUUCAUGUUGGAUAAGUCUUUGUUUGCCCUGAUAUUUAAAUCACCCAAACAGCUGGAGGUAAUUGUUCCCUGACACAGCAAACACACAGCAUUAGUCUUCAUUUCCUGUCCUUUAUUAAAGCAGCUCCAACAGUGUUUUAAUGGAAGUGAUGGAAGCUACCUGUGUAGUUUAUUGCUGGGAACUGUUCUAGUUAAAUCUAGGUGGUCAGCGUCUAUGGUUUUUGACUAAAGCUUGGUCAAAGAUUGCUUUAGAAAGUUUCAGAUGGAUGUGAGAAAUAAAAGUGGACGAUCACAGAUACAAUGUGCAGCAUGUGUCCUUCAAAUAUCAUUUCUUAGAGGACAAAUUCCUGUCAUUCCUGUCUGUGUACAGUUUGGAUAUGUGUGGAGCAAAUAUCUGAAGCUUCUCACAAGAUAAAAUGUUUUCAUUUUUGUGUUUCAGGGCUGCCUGUAAGAACGAUGGAUGAGGACUGUCUCUAACACUAGAUGAAGAUUUGGAUUGACUCUUCAGACUGAACGAUGGAGGGUGGGGAUGAUGUUUCUGUUUCUACGACACAGUCUCAGACUGAGGUGUGCAGCACCGAGAUGGAAGGAGGAGGAAGAGAGACCUCCGGUAAAACUGAGGAAGCUGCUGAUUCCUGUGGUGGCAGCAGUGCUAAAGAGGGACUCUCUAACCUGGUUGAUCCUCCUGCACCUACAGUUGUUAGUCCUACGGCUGAAUCGACUGGAGGUGUGGCGCUCAAAGUCGCCACGACCGUGCUGCAUCCGGUGUGCCUGGGAGAUAGCCCGCUGAUGCUGCCUAUUCACCUGCAGAUGGCCGGCGCAGCAGCGCCUCAGCUUGGCCAGAUGGGGGCAGCACCGUAUCUGAUCACCAGCCAGAGCCCGGUUUCACUUCCUCUGGUCUUGGAUCAGCAGGUCCUUCAACACAUGAGUCCUACUGUGAUCCCUCAAGCAGCAAACUGCCCGCAGAUCCAGAACAACGUCCUCUGUCAGAACCCUUUGGCGUUCGGUUUACCUCCAGCUGUGGAUCAGAAAGCAGCGGCACAAACACAAGAGGCCAACCUGAUCUCACUCCUGCAGAAUCCAGCAUUUGCAGCCAUCCUGCAGGAUCUCUUCCCUACUCAGGCAGGUGCUUCACCCACCUGUCAGUCCCCAGGUUCUCCUUUUUUCCCACUCCCUCCCCUCACACCUCCAUACACCUCCCCUCUGGCUCCGUUAGUCCCUCCUGCCACCCUUCUGGUCCCCUACCCUGUCAUCAUCCCUCUACCAGUGCCUCUGCCCGUCCCUCUACCUAUCCCCGUUCCAGUCCCUCAGAGUGAGGACUCAAAGGGGAACAUGCCAAAACCUGUUUGCACUGUGAGUAAAAGCACUCAGACAUCUCCAAAAGAUACUACCUCUCCUGUGUCAUCUGCAAGCAGAUCGAUACCGUCGCUCCAGCUGCAAAAUGUGUCCCCAUCCUCACUUCCUGCGAAUGAUGGGCAGGUUCUCGACCUUUCUGUGAAGGCGUGUCCUGUUGAACUAAAGCAGGAAUCCCCCAGCCCACAGCAGGACAGUGUCCUUGACUUGUCAGUGCCUGGUAUGAGGAACAAAUGUGGCAGAGAGGGAGCUUUUUCCUCCACUCAGGAUACAAGCAGUACCUCUUUGUCUCUGGGCGUCCAGUGCUCCCAGAGUUUAGACUCCAAACUCCUGGGUAGUCUGGCUUCACUGCAGUUCAGCCGGCAGCACAAAUGGGUGGUGGACAGCAGUCCAGGUGGAUCAGGUACUCAGGAGGCGUCUAUAAGCGGAACAGGAAACCUUGAGAUCCUCAGCACCUCGCAGACGGCUAAAGUCAUUGUUUCAGUGAAGGACGCCAUCCCUGCAAUCCUCUGUGGGAAGAUUAAAGGCCUCUCAGGAGUCUCCACCAAGAACUUCUCUAUAAAACGUGACGGCAGCCAAGGCGGGUCUCUGCAGCAGAUUUACGCGGUGCCAUCAGCGUCUCAAACAGAACAGCAUGACCCCAACAAUCCGCUGAAAAAGGUCCCAAAGAACAGGGCCAUCAAAUUGAAGAAAGUCAGCUCACAGGAGAUCCACUUCCUCCCAGUGAAGAAGCAGAGACUCGCGGCGCUGCUCCCCAGGAAGUGAAAGAGCCCGGCGGAGGGGGAUUAAUCGUUGGCGCACGGACUGGUAUCCCCUCCAGAGCGAGUAACAUAAAACACAUGUGGGGACUGUGUAUUGAAAGUCAUACUCAUGAGUCCAGUCAGAGCUUGGAGUCUGGAUCCAAAUGUUGCAGAAACUGAGUUCAUGAAUGUCUGACAGUUGUUGCAGAAACGUUUUCCACAAAGAGUUAUCGGGUUUUUUUCUGAUGCGUCACCACGGAGUGUCGUAUCAAACCAGUAAUGUUUCUAUCGAUGGCAGCUUAAGGGCCUCUUCAUGUGGCUUAAUGAAUCACAGAACAUGCAAAGACACAUGGGUUCAGUUUUUCCAUUUCUGGCAUUAUGGUUUGUUUCCCAAAGUGAGUCUGAUUGAAGUGCACUGAGGACCUAAAAAAACUGAUAUUUGAUUCACUAACUGCUCAGAUUAGAGCAGAUUGAGCUGGCAGGACGUGACUGAGGCUGUCUAAACAUGUCCCAUCGUCAGAAAUUCCCAAAGUCAUCAUCAGCUCAUUGGAGCGAUUUAUUCUCCUCUGAUUGGUUGGGGAUUACAGUGACAGGCUGAUAAUAAUUUGGCAGAGCAAGAGCCACAAAACAGCCAUCAGUGACAAAAUAUGUUUCACACUUCUAAAAUAGCUACAGGAAAAGGGAGGUCUCAAUGUUUUCAGGUUUUAUCUGAACUUUCUGUAAGACUCCCAAAAUUUAAGACGAGUUUUUAGAGAAAACAGCCUCUGCUGACAGCUGAGUUUGCUGUUUUUGAUUAAAAGGACACAGUAUGAAACGGCCCAAACUUCCCACUGUUUUCUCUAAAACAAAAAAAAACAAAAAAAACUAUUUUUUUGAAGUGGGCCUAAAUUUAACACAGUUUUGAUGCUCAGUGGUUAAAAGGAACAUGUUGAAGAGUUUUUCCUCAGCCAGGAGCAAAGAGAAGUUAACAUGGCUGCAAUGUUAUUCAUACAGCAAAGCCUGGUCCCAGUACAUCCUAAAGAAGAGGUUGGUUUGCAACAAUGAGGCUCAGAUUUCUUUUCCAACAUUAGAGAGAGUUUCUGCGCAAGAUUUCUGAAAUGUCAAAAUGAUCAAGCUUUCACAGGAUGUUUCACCAGACUCCAUUAAAAAAAACAAGUUAUUUUACUACACAGAACACAGGAGGAGUUUCUGAUCUGUCACUACCAGGGGCGUGUCCAGUAGGGCUGGGUGAUAUGGCCUCAAAUCAAUAUCCUGAUAUAUUGCUAAUAUUACCUCGCUAAUGAUAAAUGGACGAUAAUUGCUCAACAAGCUGCUCACCCCCUCCCAGAUUAACUCCAUCUACUUCUGCUGUCGCUCCAGCCGCUACAACUUUUGAACCGUCCUCCAUCUCCUCACCUGUCUUUCCCUCUUUGUUACAGACUGGAUGGGGUGGAGUCACGUCUCUGACGUAGGACAGCAUCUUAAAGGGACAUGAACCAUAGCCUACCUACACACAUCCAAAACUAACUUUUAUUUAUUUAUUUAUUUGACAUCGAAUAUACCAACAUGGGCAAGAUGAUGUAGGUUUUUUUCGUAAACUUUGGUAUUGGCAGAUUUUCAGUUCAUCGCCCAGCCCCCGUGUCCCCACUUUUUGACAGGGGUGGCCCAACUCGGGCGCUGACUCCUGCAGCACGGGGUGGCAUGAAUUGAGUGUGAACCUUUGAGAACCAAAACAGUGCCUGUGAGCAUACUUGUAAAAGCCAGACAGUAUGCAGGCGUUUGCUCGAUUUUUUUUAAGCACUGAUUUGUCUCCCAUACAUCUGACUUGUAAAAUAGAUUUUAUCUGUUUAUUUAAAGUCACUUUACAAUGAAGGUCUCAUUAAGUUUAAAAAUCUCUUUUAGCAGAGAGUCCUGACCGAGAUUAACAGCAUUACUUUCCAUCAAAGUAACAGACAUACAACACUUAAUUCAAAUGUGGAAAUAGGUUUCAAAUACCAAAAAAAGUUCAAAAUUCAAAUGCAAUUUACAUUUCGGGGCAGUCUACUGGGUUUCAAGAGGGGUCUUGGCCACCUCUCUGGACUGUGCUGUAAAAAUAUUGUGUAACUUUUCAAAACACCCGAAGUAUGAAGCAGUUGAGAAGCAUUUCCUGUGAUCUUGAAAGUAAAAUUGCUGUUAUUUUGGCUCUAAAAAAACACUAAUAACUCCAGAGAAAUGUCUGCAUUAGGAUCCUUUCUUUGAUGCUUUUGAAUCUUUAACAUAUUAAUCUCAGCCUGUCAUUUUCACCCACAAACACUUCACUAUGAUCAUGAUUUCAAAGCAGCCUUUCCUGAACUUUUUGUUGAAUGAUAUUUACACUGAAAUUUGUGUCUGAAAAGGGGCCCAAGUUUGAAAAAUGACAGGAAAUGCUCUGAAAGAAAAGUGAAUCAAAAUGAAGUGGGAGUUCAAAUAUUUAUUUCACCUGUUAAGUCAAUCAAGAAUGUGAAGAGGAGCCGUGGAUGGAGGAAACAGAGAGAUGAGGCACGACCUGAAGUCUUGGCUUUGGCGAGAGAAAGUGCUGUUGGUGCGUCUGCUCAGUUUGUGUGUUAUUAGUCUGAUAUUAGAGUCAGUGUUGAUGAGUCUCCGCCCCCUCUUUCUGUCCGUGUGAAACGUUCACUCAGAGUGGUUUGUGUCUCUUUUGUUGGACAUUUUUCUGUCUCAUGUUUAGAUCAGAGUUGUGGAUGUGCGAGUAUUGUUGUUGUUGUGUGCCUGUUUAUUUAUCCUGUUGAGUGCACUUUGUCAUAGUUUAGUUUGAAGCGUUACAGGGUGUUGUAACAUAUUUUGCUUAAGCUGUGUUCCAUCAUGUGUGAUCAGAGCAUUUAUGAAAUCUGUGAAUUAGAGGCCCAGAACUGAAAACAUCUGGACCCUGACUGAGAGAGAAGAUCGGAGGGAUGGAAACACUAAAUAAUUCCUUGUAUUUACACACGUUUGCAGAGUCGACUCCUUGAACUGAUCUCUUUGCUUGUACAGGAUUUCACAUUAAUUUAUUCUUUGUGAAAUUUAAUUUAAACAGUGUGUAAAUACACCAGCUGGUGAGUUGUAACUCAGUCCUUUCUAACUAGCAGUCUGCUGAAGCCCUUUUUGCUUCAGGAACCUUUUCUUUAUGGUGAAGGGACAGCAGUGGAAGAUUGAUGUCUGUACAGUGUUUGUGUUUUUUUACAUUGAAGGGAACUAAAAACUCCAAAAUCAAGGUUUGUG